AUGGGGAUUUCGUGUUAUUUGGCUUGUUUGGUUUUAUACAUAUUUUCUUUUCAAAUUAUAGCUACUAAUUCACGCACCUCUAAUAUUUGGAAAUUGGAUGUUGACGAAGGUCUAAUUGUAGAUGGUAAAACAUUGUCUCAGGAUGACAAUGAAAAAUCUAAAGUAAGUGAAGAAGAUGCUGUAUUCAACAUCAUUACAUCAACAGUGUAUUAUGGUAAUACUUGGACUAAGCAUGGCUUUGAUAUGUUUUGCACAGAUUGCCAGCCGUAUGAGCAACAAAGACCUGCUUUUGUAAAUGGUGAAGAAACAAAUCCAACAGAAGCCAAUGGGGAGAGUGAUGAUGAGUAUUUGGACUGUGGUAAAGCUGUUAACUUCACAUAUUAUGAUAAUCUUGUUGGAGUGGCAAGACGACAUAGACAUCCUAAUGUACCUGAGCCCCAGGUUGCCCUCAUUUUUACUAAGAAAAAGUCAUAUAAAAAUGGUGUGACCGAGUUUGAUAUUAAUGCGUUAGAAAAACGUUUAAAAAAAGCUAAACGUGAGAAACCAAAGUCUGUCCAACUUUAUAACCAGAUUGGAAACUUCUGGCGAAUUAAAGGCGACACUCGUCAGUCAAUCGAAUGUUUUCGACGUGCACUUGCAGUUUCGCCGUAUAACGCAGAGGUGCUACUGAAUCUAGCACGAGUACUAUUCACGCUGCAAUACCUUGACGACGCCAUCUACCUGACGCGGCGAUCCUUGGAAGUGCAACCACCGGACCGCAAUGCAUGGCAGCAAUAUUUCACACUCGGCGAGAUAUUUAAAGCAUACGGACACUAUCAAGAAGCAGCAGUACAUCUAAAACACGCGCUCGAUUUGAGACCAGAUUUCGAGCCAGCUGUGGCAGCGCUAAAAGACAUUGAAAACAUACCGGAAGCGUCCGUGCAUGUAUACACACUUCUUAUCAUUGUUUGUUUGGUCAUGGGAGUGCUACUCGUGAUACUUUCGUCCGUGGACAGCGGUAACGAUGUGGAAGAGCAUAAAACACACAGGCAUUUCAACAGAGCAAUGGCAAUGCGAUCUCUACGCGGCGUGUCGUUUAGUGGGCCACGUGGUAGGAAGAAAGGCGGUUCGUAA